AUGGCGUCGCAGCAGGCGGAGAGGGCGGCGGAGCUGCAGGAUCCGGAGGUCCGAACGGAACUGGACCGGCGCGUCCGCGAGGAGGGCGAGACCGUCGUGAAGAGCGGCGGCGGCGGCACCACCCUCGACGCCCAGGAGCGCCUCGCCGAAGGGCGCAAGAAGGGAGGGCUGAGCCGCACGACGGAGUCCGGCAACGACCGCGCCGAGAAGGAGGGCGCAGUGCGCGUCGAGCCCGACGAGAAGCAGCUCCAGCAGGCCAAGGAGAGCCUCGGCCGCGACUGAACACGCCAACCGUGGACCACCGUAGCUUACCGUGUACUAGUAUGUACGAGGCAUAGUAUACUAGCACACUAGCUAGCUAGCUUAGCGUAGUAGCGUGCGUGUAUCGGUUUGGAUCGGACAUGGUAGCCGUAGUCUAGCUCGCAGCUCUAGCCGCUGCAAGGAUGCGUAUAUGUAGGUCACGGUCGAAGGCUACAAAAUUUUGGUCUCUGCAUUGUAGCCAUCGCCCUUGUACACGAUACUGUCUCUGGUGUGUCUGUGCCGCCCCUGCGCACUAGUAGUUGUGCGCUGGCUGCAACAUUUUGGUGCCUGUGCGCGUCUCCAUGUCAAGACAUCUAUAUGGUUGUAGCCUUGAGAGCCCAAUAUAUACGAGGCCCUCCCUGUUAUCUU